UAGAUAUAUAGAUUGUAUAUUUUAAGGUUUUAAAGACUAAGUAGUACACAUGAGUGCUGAGGCCAAAGGCAUAAGAAAACAUGGAGAAGAGAACACAUAGACAACCAGAGAAGAGAUGGAUUGAUUGGAGGGUGGGAGGGUUUAUUAAUGCAGAGACAGGGAGGACAGACUCGAGUGCCCCCUCACGCAGCUGUCAUUCGAUAUAACAAAGCCACACACACCCACCCACCCCCUCUUCUCUCUAUUUCUCAUCUCAUCAAGACAGCAAAUUAGAGUUUGGACCUGUCGGAACCAACACCUCUCUCUCUCUCUCUCUCUCUCUCUCUCUUUAGCUCUAACUCUCUCUCUCUCUCUCUCUCUCUGAAACAAUACCCUUUAUUUAUUUAUUUUUUUCCCUUCUCUUGGUCAAAUAUUAGAACAACAACAACAACUGCUGAACAUAUAUCACUCAACUCUCUCUCUCUCUAUAUCUCUUUCAAGAGAGAGAAACAUUUACAUGAGAAGGAACAAGUACUCCUCCCUCCAAUAUUGAUUUUGUCUAACUUAGAUAUAUAGAAGAGUGGUGGUUUAUGAAGAAUUUUAUGCAUAACCCACAUCCCAUUUUGAUGAAUUAGAGUCGAUAGAUGCCAUGACAUCUCAGCAUUAUCGAUCACCGUUCGGCGACACCACGUUUACCAAAGUGUUCGUCGGAGGACUUGCUUGGGAGACACCCACCGAUGUAAUGCGCCGGUAUUUUGAGCAGUUCGGAGACAUUCUUGAAGCUGUUAUCAUCACCGAUAAGAACACCGGAAAGUCCAAAGGAUAUGGAUUUGUGACUUUUCGUGAUCCUGAAUCUGCAAGAAGGGCAUGUAGUGAUCCAAACCCUGUGAUUGAUGGAAGAAGAGCAAAUUGUAAUAUUGCUUCAUUUGGAAGGCCUAGACCGUCACCGCCUCGAGGUAGAAAUCAAGGUGGUAAUCCUUAUCAUGGAGGUGGAGCAGCAGCACAGGGGGGUAGUGCAUCAUCGUCAUCAACAUCACCAUAUAGUGGGGUCCAACCACCGUUGCCUCCUCUCCCACCACCGCCGCCACCACCACCUGCACCUCCAGUCAUUUAUCCACCUUAUGGGUACGCAACCUACCCACCUGAAUAUGGUUACCAACAAGCCAUAUAUAGUCCACAAUUUCAGCAAGCACAGUACUAUCAUCAAUUGUAUGGAACAUCAUCUUCAAGUAGCAUAGGGUCUCCAUAUUAUUAUGGAUAUCCCAUGCAAGCUUCAAGGGGAACAUAUCCUGCAACCCAGGCGCAGAGAUUCCAAGGACCCUCUUAUCUUUACUAUCCUACGCCUACGCAGAUGGAGGCGGCCUCAUUCUCCACCUUUCCUCCUCCUUCUCUACCUUUACAACCAACAACAAGGCAUCCCUUUCCUUCUUCAACUGAUUCACAGACUCCACAGAAUACCUCAACAGAAACAGAAGUUGGCGCCAUUACUUCAGAAAGUCCCAACGCAUAAGAGAGAAGCUCAUCAAAUUACAUAUGCCUGCAUGGCUUGGCCAACAAGUGUUCGUUGUACAACCUUUGACAAACUAAUAUUCUUAAUUCAUCUAUUCCUAUUUAUUUCUUCAAUUAUUCAUCUAAAAAUUUUUUUUUGGAUCCAAAUUCUGAUCAACAGCUAUGGCAGGUAAAGAUGGACUAUUGAUCAACCACCUUUUGCAAAACUUUAUCUUCCUCAAAUAAAAAAUUCUCGCAUUAUUUAUUGUAUUUCUUCUUUUCAUUUUCGUCCGGCUUACAUAUGUUCAAAUAUAACAGCUUAACAAUUUUUUUUUUUUUUCUUCUUUUUUUUAAUGAUUGUAUGAACAAAAUUACGGAGCUGUGUUCCCUCGAUAAAGAGUUUUGAAUCUUUUGAUAAA